AUGGGUCAUGCCGCAUCAGCCGAAGUGCCUCAAACUAGUCAGCAGCAAAGCUCCAGCUCCCGGAGUGGAACCUGGCAGGUUCCGAGGAUUUUCACUUGCGGCGCUUCGCCGCAGGACCUGGUGUUGUGGACACCUGCAGAGCAGUGGAAGCGGUCGCUGGGUAAAAACCAGGCACACAUCUCCAAAUCCAGAGGUGGCUUGGUUGGCCUAGUCAACAUGGGCAACACCUGCUUCAUGAAUGCUGGGCUUCAGUGCCUGAGUCACAUUGAACCCAUCAGCGCGUACUUCCUGACGGGUAAGUAUGCUGAGGAGCUUAAUCCCAGCAAUCCGUACGGGACUGGCGGGCAUUUGGCCAAAGGAUUCGCCAAGUUGCAGGAGAUGCUGUGGCAGCGGCGCAGCCGAACUCACUCGCCCUCGCAACUGUAUGGUACACUAUCGAAGUUUGCAAGACACCUUUUUCGAGAUUCAGACCAGCAAGAUGCACAGGAGCUUCUCGCGUACCUGCUGGACGGGUUGCAUGAAGAUCUCAACCUCGUCAAGGUAGAGCGCAAGGACAAUCGCAAGAAAGAGUCGGAACCCAAAGUGGAUUCAGAUGAAGAGGAUGAGCGGAUGGCUCAGCUCGAGCGGGAGAAGGGCGAAGAGUACGUUGCUGCGCUGACUUGGAUGAAGCAUUUGAUGCGGCAUAAGUCUGUUCUUGUGGACCUUUUCCAGGGUCAGCUCCGCUCACGUCUCACUUGCAUCACUUGUGGCCACCAGUCAAAAACCUUCGACCCGUACUUGUAUAUUGCCCUGCCCGUGCAUUACGGCAUGAACAAUCUGCAGGAUGCGUUGAUGCACUUCCUCAAGGAAGAGCACCUCACCGGUGACGAGAGAUGGAGGUGUCCCAAGUGCAAGAAGAGAGUGGAUUCAAUCAAGAAGAUCGACCUCUGGAAGCUUCCACCGGUUCUUCUUGUCCACUUGAAAAGAUUCGAAUUUGACACGUCGACGUGCCGCUUUCGCAAAAUCAAUGUCAGGCUGAGGACGCCCCUGAGCAUAGACUUGUCGAGCUUCGUGAGCUCGCCGCAGAAGGGGUCACUGGUGUAUGAUGUCAUUGCGGUGGCGAAUCAUAUAGGGCAUGCCGGCCGUGGGCACUAUACAGCCAUUUGCAGGCACCACCUACAUAAUCGUUUCUACCACUUCAAUGACACGGACGUGCAUGAGGUCAGAGCGGACGAUAACGAGGUCAUCACGCGGGAGGCCUAUUUGCUUUUUUUGAUGAGACGUGAUAUUUCGGACUGGGUUCCCUGGCAGCAGAGCAAGUGA